AUGUGCAACGUCAACGCUCUCGGAGUCUACGUGUGGGAGACUAUCGUUUUCUUCAGCCUGGCAGCCUCUAAAGAAGCUGAAGCAGCAGCACGAUCUGCCCCCAAACCCAUGUCUCCUUCCGAUUUCUUGGAUAAGUUGAUGGGGCGAACUUCAGGAUAUGAUGCCAGGAUCAGGCCAAAUUUUAAAGGCCCACCAGUGAAUGUCAGCUGCAACAUUUUCAUCAACAGCUUUGGUUCAAUUGCAGAAACAACUAUGGAUUACAGGGUGAACAUCUUCCUGCGACAGCAAUGGAAUGACCCACGGCUGGCGUACAAUGAAUACCCUGAUGACUCCCUGGACCUGGACCCCUCUAUGCUGGACUCCAUCUGGAAACCUGACUUGUUCUUUGCUAAUGAGAAGGGGGCCCAUUUCCAUGAGAUUACCACAGACAACAAGCUUCUGAGGAUUUCCAGAAAUGGCAAUGUCCUCUACAGCAUCAGGAUCACGCUGACUCUGGCCUGCCCCAUGGACCUGAAGAAUUUCCCCAUGGAUGUACAGACGUGCAUCAUGCAGUUAGAAAGCUUUGGCUACACAAUGAAUGAUCUCAUAUUUGAGUGGCAAGAAAAAGGAGCCGUGCAAGUUGCUGAUGGGCUGACAUUGCCUCAGUUUAUCCUCAAAGAAGAAAAAGACUUGAGAUACUGCACAAAACACUACAACACAGGCAAGUUCACCUGUAUAGAAGCUCGUUUCCACCUGGAGCGGCAGAUGGGUUAUUAUUUGAUCCAGAUGUACAUUCCCAGCCUCCUUAUUGUCAUUCUGUCCUGGAUUUCCUUCUGGAUCAAUAUGGAUGCUGCACCUGCUCGUGUUGGCCUGGGGAUCACCACAGUGCUCACUAUGACCACACAGAGCUCUGGUUCUCGAGCAUCACUGCCCAAGGUAUCCUACGUGAAGGCCAUAGACAUCUGGAUGGCCGUGUGCUUGCUGUUUGUGUUCUCUGCACUGCUAGAGUAUGCUGCCGUCAACUUCGUGUCUCGGCAGCACAAAGAGCUGCUCAGGUUCAGAAGGAAGAGAAGGCAUCAUAAGGAGGACGAAGCUGGCGAAGGCAGGUUCAACUUCACUGCCUAUGGCAUGGGACCAGCUUGCUUACAAGCCAAGGAUGGCAUCUCCGUCAAGGGUGCCAACAACAAUAACACAGCCAACCCUGUUCCCCCGCCGUCCCGCUCCCCCGAGGAGAUGCGGAAGCUCUUCAUUCAGCGAGCCAAGAAGAUUGACAAGAUCUCCCGCAUUGCCUUCCCCAUGGCAUUCCUCAUCUUCAACAUUUUCUACUGGAUCAUCUACAAGAUCGUCCGCAGAGAGGAUGUGCACAACCAGUGA